UUUCUUAAUAAUCUACACUGUUUGCCUAAAACAACCGAGCGCAUUUUAUAGUAAAUUGGAAUUCGACUCUAAACACCACGUGUAACAUAGUUGUCUUUACAGGUUUUCAAAUGUUGUAGUUGCAGCUUUACAACAGCAGGUGUCAAACAUGCUCUAAUCCAAAGAGAAGUCGUCCGCAACAAUUCACCGAGGAAGCACCUAUUUGCUGAAUUCAGUUCCUGUCUCACAAUAUCUGUGUUUUUGUAUGUAAUAUGUAAUAACAUUUUUAUUCUGGUCAAGUUCUGCUUAAAUUUGUUUUAAGCUCAAAGCUUUUACAUAUGAGAUAGCAUCUGUAACAUUAGCCUAUUAGCUUCUCCGUGGUCGAAUUACGAGCCAAAUAUGACCUCCAAAACAAAAAAAGUUGGAAAGGUUGGCUCUAAAAACAAAGAAGACGCUCCUCAUGAACUGGAGAGUCAGUUUGUUCUGCGGCUUCCUCAGGAAUAUGCCUCUACAGUCAGACGGAUUGCCCAGUCCAGCAGCAUGAACAUGAAAGACAGACUUACUAUAGAGUUACAUGCUGAUGGUCGCCAUGGGAUUGUACGUGUGGACCGUGUUCCUUUAGCGUGUAAGUUAGUGGAUUUACCCUGCAUCCUAGAAUCACUGAAGACUGUUGACAAAAAGACCUUAUACAAGACUGCUGAUAUCUGUCAGAUGCUUGUGUGCACUCUGGAUGGAGAUCUCUACCCCCCUCUUGAGGAGCCCACUGGCACUGCAGACUCCAAAAGCAAAAAGAAAGACAAGGACAGAGACAAGAAAUUUGUGUGGAACCACGGCAUUACCCUCCCUCUAAAGAACACAAGAAAGAGGCGGUUCAGAAAGACGGCGAAGAAGAAGUACAUCGAGUCUCCUGAUGUGGAAAAAGAGGUGAAGAGGCUCUUGAGCACAGACGCCGAAGCUGUCAGUGUCCGAUGGGAGAUUAUUGCUGAAGAUGAGAGUAAAGAACCUGACAACAGUUUAUCUCUAUCCAACCUGGAGUCCUCACCUGGAACCUCUGGACACAAGGGUCAUGGCUCCUCAGUCCAACACGACGAGCUUCGGGAGAUCUUCAACGACAUCAGCAGCAGCAGCGAGGACGAAGAUGAAGAGGGCGAACGGCACGAGGAUGAAGACCUCAACAUCAUGGACACUGAAGACGACAUGGUCAGGCAACUCCACGAGAAGCUGAGCGAGAGUGACGGAGGACGAGAUGAGAACGAUAGGAACAGUCAGAUCGUAAUGGAGUACCAGGUGCCGAUUAACAAUCUGAAAGCCAAAUUGCAGGAAACACGUGCCCGCAAAAAGCAACAGGAGAAAUUGAUCAUGGAGGUGGAAAAUCAAGCCUUGCGGGAUCGCUUACAGUCUCACUUGAACGACAUGAUUCAUCAAGAGGAGCAAGAGAUGGAACAGCUGGCCUCCCUGCAAGAGCAGCUGGACUCGCUGAUGGACAAGUGAUGCCUGACAGUUACAAAGAUAAUGCAUUACAAAGAGCCGGAGACGACUACACCACACAAGUUUUAGUGAUUGUGUAUUGUUACUUAAAAACUUUAAUGUGAAAAUGUAAAAAUCUUAUGACUUUCUUUCUUCCCCAGAACACAAAAGAAGAUAUUCUGAAGAAUGUUGGUA